CUAUGUAACUCCUCCAUAGAUACAGUGGAGGAGUGAAUGUAGCCACACUAAGUCAAGAAGUGUGUUACUGACCAAUCGCCUGAUGAAAAUAAAUGAAUAAAAGCAUGAAAAGAAUUAAAGCGAAUGCAGCCGCCAUAUUCAUUUCUAGCCUGAACUUGACCUGCUUCAAGCAGACUGUGCAUUCUCCUAGAACCGUAGGGAAAUGCAAAACCCAUUAAAGCAAAUGAAAGCCCAUUGUUACAGACCCUAAGGCCUCAUUCACAUGGGCACACUUAAGCAUACACCUCGGUGAGGGCAUUUGCAUGCAAGCAAUCCCAUUCAUGUCAAUUUGACAUCCAUGUGGGUAUGUAUGCAUGUCCCUGAAUGCAUAUGGUUUUGGAAAAUCUGAAGACAAAAAUCUGCAGGAAAUCUAAUAGAGUGUAUGGGGUCUUAUAGCAUGUAGUCCAUUCCAUAUUUUACCCAGAGCAGCUAAAAGGUUACCCAGAAUACCUAGCAGUACACCUAAUGAGCACACAGACCCACAGCACAGAUGGAAGGAAAAAGGGAACCAUUUAAAAAUAAGGACAACAACAGAAUUCUAUACAAGAAAGAUGAAAAGAAGAAAAAGAGUCUACUGUCCUCCACAAUAUCGGUGACUGACAAAGUAACCACUGCUGUCAUUAACUCCAUCUCCCUUAGUAAAAAAGCUGCUCCAGAUGCUGCAGAUGGUCAGAUCCCAGUGAUCUUCAUCUCUUCCGGCCCCUCAUUGGCCGAUCUGUGGAAAGAAAGUGUGAACCAGUCCAUACUGGAGCUAGGCAUGGUUGUGGAACAAGACUAUGCCAUGGACAUCUUCUCGGAUAUGAUGAAAAACCAGUGCAAGUAUGUCUUUCACCCCAGUGACAUUCCAAAAUCGGUCACUUCGGAGAUGAGGACUAUACUGAUGGACUGGCUGGUCCAAGUUCAUGAAUAUUUAGGCCUACAAGACGAGACCCUCUACCUUGCAGUCUUUUUAAUGAAUUCCUACAUGAAGGUUCACAAAAUCCACAUCUCUCUACUCCAGCUCCUGGCAGUCAGUUGCCUCUUCAUUGCCUGCAAGUUUGAGGAGGGACUUAUCCCUAAGCCGGCAGAACUUUGCUUCAUGAUGGAAGAUGCCUUCAGCAAAAAGGAGCUUCUAAAAAUGGAGAAGAAAAUCCUGAAAAGGCUGAGCUUCAAGCUGCAUUAUACACAACCCUUAUACUUCCUACGUAUCCUCUCCACUGCUGACAAGUGUGCAGAAACGGUUCUGUACCUUGCCAUGUACUUUAUGGAACUAACACUACUUGAGGCUGAUGGCGCAAUGGUUGAGCCGGCCCUCUUGGCCUCUGGGGCGCUGAAACUGGCACAGAUGGUGUCCCGUGAGUCUGGAUCCUUAUGUCCUGGUCAAACGUGCCAAGGUUCAUUGUAUUCUUACAGUGAUGCAGAGCUGAGCAGCCCACAGAAUCUUAUGGCCAAAGCAGCUCUACGGGCUGGCACUGAGUCCAGAGCCACCUGGCGAAAAUAUUCACGUCCUCAGAGACUUGGAGUGAGCAAAGGACCUGCUUUGGCCAACUCUCGGCACCUUGCCAGCUGUAUAGCUUUGCUGAGCCCAUGUCCAACAAGAGACCGACCCAUACCAGGGACUUGAUCACGAGGAUGGACAUGCAUGUCUGGUCACCACUACAUCAUAUUAUAUGCUGUGGUGUCAAUAGGACACAUUUGACUACCAUGAGUUCAUUAUGAAGGAAUUCUUCUUAAACCUAAAUACUCUUAACUGGAGUUCAUUCCUGUACUAGUUUGGUCUGCUGAGGUUGGGUAAAGUUACAACCAAGACCAUCUUCUAGGCAGACCGUCACGUGACCAAAAGUAAAAGGCUGGCCAGUUUUGAGAAUAGUCGGUAUGACUUGUUUUUGGUAAUAUGGUUUUUCCCAGCAUAGCCGCCUAGCAGUGGCUUUGACUGCAUCUCCAUCUGUUCUGAUUUUUUUUUUUUUUUU